UCAAGUACUUGUUGCUUUUAUAUUCAUGUCCUUUUUCCCCAACAGUUAAUGUUUCACUUCAUCAACUGUUUGUGUGAAUCCAUAUUAAAUGUUUCUUCAUUGCAAAUGAAAAAGAUAGAAGAAAAACAUGUCAACUUACAUACCAAGCUUCAACAAUGAAAGAAUCAAUCAACCUUCUUCUCCGGAAUCACCGAUUCCUAUUGAAAAUCUCAUAAUGUGCAUUCCAAACGUUGGUGGAGUCCAUGAUUCUGGCGUUUCACAGCAACGAUUUUGUGAAUCAAGUAUUGGUUUGUUAAGAGAUAGUACGAGUCAUGAAAUUAUGGAUCAAAUGGUUUCGAGCAUUCCGCCCUAUGGAAUCAGAUUCCAUUCCGAUCAUGAUCAUUGCGUUAAUACUAUAGUUGAUUUUCCUUUGGCAUAUGAAAAUAGCCAAGAUUCCAAGAGUUAUCUACAUGGAAUUGGGAAUGUGAUUUCUGAUUCCAAGUAUCUAAAAGCAACUCAAAACCUACUUGAUGAUGUUGUUAAUGUCAAGAAAGCUAUGAAACAACACUGUAAACAUGAUUCCAUGAACAAUUCCAAAGACGCCUUCGGGAUAUUGAAAAACAGAUGUGAAUCCAGCCCAGUCUCAGCUUCUGAAAAACAAGAUUUACAGAACAAUAUGACUAAGCUAUCGUCUAUGCUGAAUGAGGUUGAUAGAAGAUACAAACAAUACUAUCAUCAAAUGCAGAUUGUUGUAUCAUCAUUUGAGGCACUUGCUGGAUGUGGGGCUUCAAGCCCCUACACCACGCUCAUUCUCCAAACCAUAUCAUGCCAAUUCCGGUUCAUAAAAGAUGCAAUUAAAAGCCAGAUAGAAAUCAUAUCAACAAGGCUUUGCAAGAGGGAAUUGAAUGAGGAGGGAAUUGGGAUUCCGAGGUUGAGAUUUGUGGAUCAGAAGGUGAGGAAACAGCAUAGACAUAUCUGGAGACCACAAAGAGGGCUUCCUGAAAGCUGUGUGUCAAUCCUACGUGCAUGGCUGUUUGAGCAUUUUCUUCAUCCAUAUCCAAAGGAUUCAGAAAAGAAUAUGCUAGCCAGACAAACAGGCUUGACUAAAACUCAGGUCACGAAUUGGUUCAUAAACGCUCGAGUUCGCCUAUGGAAGCCAAUGGUGGAAGAAAUGUACAAACAAGAAUCCAUAGAUUCGUCAUCACCCAAAGUUGCAUGACUUUUUUAAAUUUUUAACGCGA